UCUUUUUCUAUUUUUCUUUUAGUGCAUAAAAGUAUUCAACUUUAGACUUCUUAUCUCAAUUUUACUAUUGGAGUAGUAAAAAUGUUAUAAAUUUUGAUUGAUAGCGACAACAUAUAGCCAGGAAACGAGACCGCGAAAUUGCCUUAUUGGAUUUUACUAUCACAGAAUUGGUAUGCGAAUAUUAUGACAUAUCUAGCGUGGCUUCCAUCGGAAAGGAAGGUAAUUGUGCGGGAAUAUGUGACAGAGUUACAUAGCGUAUAUGAAUAUUCAUACAUCUGGUUUGAUUACUACAAGAAGUAUUAGAUGGAAAAAAUCGGAUUUAUGUAGCUUCCAGUACAUUGUCAUAUGAGGAGAAUAUUGUAAGUACACGACUCAAAGAUCGUUAUUAAGGCGUAUUGGAUAUUUUUCAUAUAAAAGGACAAGCUAAGUGUGCAGAAAUGAAGACACAUCUAUACAUGGUAUAUGCGGCUGUUGAAUUCCAUAAACUCAUACCAAGAUGUCAACGGAGCACAUCACCGCUAAUAUGUCAGAAGAGGUUUAAUACCUACUACAAAUCUAUUAUCAAAGAAAGGUACAAUGGCACCGACCUUGAUGAUCUCUAUGCCGACUACUACUUGAACUAUUCACCUCCACCGCCAACAGCUCUUGAAAACUUCAUCAAGUACUUCUACAUGAUAGUCUUUCCAUACUUUCUACUCAGCGGUACGAUCGGAAAUAUCCUAGGCACGGUCAUUAUGCGAAGAUAUAGUCACAAUGUUUGGUCUACGUGUAUGUAUAUGUCACUUAUAUUCCCAAUGGACCUCAUACAACUUUAUGUCGAAUGUGGAAACGAUUGGUUGUAUCGACUUCACAAAGACGGUUACAGUUUGAGUGAAAAUAUUCUACUUCUUUCAAACGCAGUGUGCAAAGUCUAUACAUUUACGUAUAACUUAAUAUUAAGUCAAUCGGAAUGGAUCAGAGUUGCCAUAGGAAUAGAAACUGCUAUAGCUAUUACUAAACCAGCAUGGAUAUAUACUAUGUGUACAAGAGAAAGAGCUAGUGCGAUUGUGCUUUUUAUUUCUGUGCUCCUUAUCAGUUUAAACCUUCAUUUCUUCUGGACCUACGGGUUAAUAAAACCAGGAGAAGAGCCAAAUAUAAAAGCAUUUUAUUGCACGUACAUAAACGAACUUUCCAACAGUUUCCGGGACUAUAUAUGGCCUAUCAUUAAUGUCUGCAUUGAGGAUAUCAUCCCACUCGUCAUCAACGUUGUCUGCAUAACAAUUUCUAUACCAAGCCUUGCUGCAAAACGAGAAUCUGAAGAACAGAACAGCUUUCUGGAAAAGUACUUCCUAGACGUGAAAGCCCUCCGAGAACUUAAGGUUGCUACUUUUAUCAUAUGUAUAGUGACUGUCCUUUACUUGGUUUCUGAUCUUAUACUAAAAGCGCUGAUUUAUCAGUUACUUGAAAUGGAAUAUGAACAAACGAUGAUUACAAAAACGUUUGUGGUAGUGUUUACGUAUGUUAUUUUGAGUCACAAGUUUUGGAUAUAUUAUAUUUAUUGUGAAAAAUUUCGACACGACGUAAAAGAGAUCGGAUGGUCAAUGUGUAGCCCAUUCAGAAAAAAGAACAGCAGAACAUAUACCCAGGCGCCAGUCAUUUCAGAUUCUAAACAAGAAGCAACGGUGUCUUGGCAAGAAUCAGAAACUUCAUUUUCAAAAGGAAUACAGGGAACUUGUGCCAAGACAGACUGAAGGCAUAUUCAACCAUAAACUGAAUUAUUGCAGCAUUUUUCACGUAUAUGUAUAUGUCAAUAAAAGUCUUGAAUUAGAAAAGGAAUAACAUAAUAUUCGUAUCUCCGUUCUAGAUGCACGUCCCAAGGCAUAUGCCACUGCAGUUAUGUCCAUAUUGAAUUCAAAUGAAGAAAAUCACAAUUUAAUUUUUUCUAUGUUAAAACAUAAACUUUAAAUAUAUGACAUAAAUAUUUCACUGUUUAAAUAAAUUUAUUGCGAUAAAAUGUA